AGGCAACAGCUAAAGACGUGUUGUUGGCAGCUUACAACGGAACGCGUUAAACGGUCUACAGUCUAAGUCUUGAAAUAAAUAAAAAUAAGCAGAGAAGAAAUACAAAAAAAAUAUAAUUUAUAUUUAUAAUAUAACAAAAAAGAAAUUAAAAUCAUGUUUAGUUUAAACUUUUGGCGUUUAUUUUUAAAUAUUUCCUUAAUUGGAUUAACAUUUUUUAAUGGAUUAACUCAUGCAAAAGGCACUCACAAAGUUCAUUGUAGUGAAGAUUUAAUGCGCGUGGAAAUUGGCCUACCUGAACCUAUAACAACCACAACAGACAGCAGCAGCAGCAGUAGCAGUAGCUCAAGCAGUGCUACUAGUAGCAGUGGCAGUAGUAAUAAUGAAAAACCACAAAUCUAUUUGGAAGGCCUUAAGGGCUAUCCAGAUGAACGGUGUCAUCCUGAAAUCAACGGUUCUUUGGCCGUCUUUCGUUUAUCGUUAAGCGAUUUCUAUGAGUGCGGCGUAACACGUAUGGUUAAUCAGUUAACGGGUAAAAAAGUUUAUUACCACAAAAUCAUUAUUGAGUCCACAAAUGGCAAAGAGAUUGUUAGUGUUAAAUGCAUUACCAGUGGUCCGGUUUUUAAUUUAAUGAUGAAUGAAACAAGCCAGGAGCAACCACGUUUUGUAUACCAACAACAGCAGCAGCAGCAGCAACAUCAUGUCAUUGUUAGACGCGAUGUUUUGCCUGCUGGAUUUCAAGAACCAGAAGAUAUAGAAAUCACCACCUAUUUAACCAAAAAUGCUCCCGAGCCCCGCCUGGCCAUUGGUGUUAGCCAAAAUGGCAAACGUGUUACCGGUGAUCUGACUGUAACACCUGGCACUCCUCUCACCAUGGAAAUCACUUUGGAUGGUGAGUCCGCACCCGUUUAUGGGUUGGGUGUUAAUUAUCUGGAAGUUACCGAUACCAGACUGUUGUCGGAAACCAUUAUUUUCAAAGGCUGCACUGUAGAUCCUUAUCUUUUUGAGAAUUUCAAUACCAUAGAUGGUGAUACUUUGAGUGCUAAAUUUAAGGCUUUCAAAUUCCCCGACUCUUCGUAUGUUCAAUUCCGUGCCACCGUUAAUGUGUGCUUGGACAAAUGUCUGGGCACUCAGUGUUCAAAUGGUCAAAUUGGUUAUGGCCGCAGAAGACGUGAUACCUCCGAUGCCAUGAUGACGCCACUGAUGGAUACAAAUAAAGUCUAUGAGAUUUCGUUGGCCAUGUUUAUUAAGAUUAAUGAUUUGGAGGGUGUUAAUAGAAACGAAGUCUUACGCCUUGAAGAAAAACUACGUGAAUUGAAAUUGGCCAACCAACGUUUGGCACGCAAUAGUCGCGGCCAUUUCGAAGAGCCCUUGGUGAAAACUUUUGAACAACUGCCCCUAUCGGUGCCAGCUUUUGUGGUCGACGAAAGAGAAUUGGAAGAUGCCAGAAAUGGUGUCAAUGCAAAUACUUCAACCGGAGCCGUGAUAUUGUCCGUAAUCUUAACAGUUUUAUGUAAAUUUUUGUAAAUAUUUAAAAAAAAAAUCAAGAAAAACAAAAUGAACAAAAAACUGACAAACAUAAAUAAUAUUGUACUUGUAAAGUAACACAUUUCCCCCUUAAAAAAAUAAAGUCUUAAUUUAAUGAAAAUAUUUUAUAAAACGAAACAUUAAAAUAAAUUUUUAAAAUAUUUUUGUUAAAUUGACACACAAAAGUAAAUUUAAACAAAAAAAAAAAACAAGAAAUCGAUAAAAUAUUGUAAAGUAUAUAGUUUAUUAUCUAAUCAGUUUUAAAACAUAUUAUAAUAUCUUUUAAAGACCUUAAGUUUGAAUAUUAUUACAUUUAAAAACGAAAACGUAACAAAAAAUUUAACAUUUAACUGCCAUUUUUCGAAUAAUUGCUUUUUUUAUUUUAAUAAUAACUUGUCUUUAAUAAUUAUAAUAAAAACUAAUUUGUAUUCAUUUAUUUAGUAUGUGUAUUAGUUCAUUAUUAUUAAGUUGUGGCAGAUUAUUUUAUAUAUGUAUUAAUCCUUAUUAUUUUCAAAAUAGUUUUUAUUAAUAAUAUUGUAAAAUGCUGAAUAUUGAAAAAAUAAUAGAAAACAAAAACAAUGUCUCUUAAUUAAUAUUGUUUACAAAAAAAAAAAAGAAAACGAACAUAAAAAUCUUAAUUAAGCAUUACUAGUCUACUAAGUUUAAAUGUUAAGUAAGUUUUAAAAUAAACCCUUGAUUAUAUUAACUAAUUAUAACAAACAAAUAUAAUAUAUGAUAAAUAAAUAAUAAUAAAAAGUAAUGCCUAACGACAAUUAAA